AUUCAUAACAUCAUAGGACAGACCCCCCCGCAAGAGUAAGAACAAGAACGGAAGAAAGAUCCCGGCCCCUACUUCCCCCUUUCUUCCCUUUUUAGUUCUUUCCGACUUUUUUUUUUUUUUUUUGGUUCCAGUCGAUUUUGACUUUCUCCUCUCUUCCCGAUUCUUCUCCAAUGGCGAUCGCUCCUCCUCCCGAUUCCCAAUCCGACCACCAGCACCAGGUAGCGGAAGAUAAGGCGGUGGCCGCUGCAUCUGGCGGAGAGAACAACCAGACGAGGAGAUGGACUCUCGGCGAUUUCGACAUCGGGAAACCCCUCGGGCGCGGCAAAUUCGGCCAUGUCUACCUCGCUCGUGAAAAAAGGAGCAAUCACAUCGUGGCCCUAAAAGUGCUGUUCAAGAGCCAGCUCCAGCAAUCGCAGGUGGAGCAUCAACUCCGCCGUGAAGUUGAGAUCCAGAGCCACCUCCGUCACCCCAACAUUCUCCGUCUCUAUGGCUACUUCUACGACCAGAAGCGAGUCUACUUGAUACUAGAGUACGCAGUCAAGGGUGAACUCUACAAAGAGCUUCAGAGAUGCAAGUACUUCAGCGAGCGGCGUGCUGCCACGUAUGUUGCGUCAUUGGCUCGAGCUCUGAUAUAUUGCCAUGGGAAACAUGUCAUCCACAGAGAUAUCAAGCCAGAGAACCUCCUGAUUGGUGCCCAGGGGGAGCUCAAGAUUGCCGAUUUUGGCUGGUCUGUGCAUACAUUCAACAGAAGGCGAACAAUGUGCGGGACAUUGGACUAUCUCCCACCUGAAAUGGUGGAAAGUGUAGAGCAUGAUGCUAGUGUAGAUAUUUGGAGCCUAGGUGUGCUGUGUUACGAGUUCCUCUACGGCACUCCUCCUUUUGAGGCUAGGGAACACUCUGACACAUACCGAAGGUAUGUACAAGUCUCAUUCAGACUUCCGAAUUGUUGCAUUUCUUGUGCGCUAUAUGCCCCCACUUAAACCGUAUGUUGCAAUGAUGGCAGGAUUGUGCAAGUGGAUCUCAAGUUUCCUUCAAAGCCUAUUGUAUCUGCUUCUGCAAAAGACCUAAUUAGUCAGAUGCUUGUCAAAGAUUCAUUCCAGCGUCUGCCACUACACAAGCUGCUCGAACAUCCAUGGAUUAUUCAGAAUGCCGAUCCCUCUGGCGUUUACAAGGGUUGAUAAGUGUAGAUGGAUGAUGCUAAGUAAACUACUCCCUGAAUCAAUGUAUGUGCUUAAAGACUCGAGCAUAAUCUCUUUGCAGUCACAUUAGAAGAGACUGAAGGCACCAGCAUGCUUUGUACUACUUACAGACUCGGUUGAACAAUGACCAUACCCUCUUCUUUCAUUCACCCUGUUAUGUACGAGGGGAUGAAUUGUUGCAGCGUAUUAUGUUAAUUCAUUCAUUUGGCCAAUAUAUAUAGCAAAAGUAUCCAUCUUCUGUUGUCAUUCGUGCUUGUCCAGUCUCUUUCUGGGACUAGUUGUGCUUGCCCAUUCAAAUGUCAAAGCGAAAUGCUCCUCGACAAUUUCUAAAUCCUUCACCUCAUCAAUUCAAUGAAAGAACGCAUGUAAUCCAACUAUGAC